AUGCCUACUUUUACCGACGAGCUCUUUCCUGAACACGAGCCGUUCGAGCACAACGACCCAGCACUUCGUGCAGACCCGAAGCUCCCCAAUCUCAUCAACAAGAGCACCAUAGCUCGGGACGUGACACCUCUGUUCGGCACGGAACUCCACAAUGUGCAGCUUACCGAGCUUACGCCUGCCGGUCUCGACGAGCUGGGCCUUCUCGUUGCUCAACGAGGAUUUGCAGUUUUCCGUGGGCAGAACUGGAAGGACGCUGGAUUCAAGAAGCAGCUCGAUAUUGCUAGGCACUUUGGUCCACUGCACAAACACCCCGUCCAGCCUCGCCCGGCAACAGAAACAGAGAUAGCCGUGAUCUACCAGUCUGCUGCUGAUGUUCGCCGAAUCAAUUACUGGGGGGACCGAGUUUCCGGCGUGAACUGGCAUGCGGAUCAGACUCAUGAGAGGCAGCCUCCAGGUGUCACCUUUUUUGGCGUCUUGGAAAACCAAGGCUGGUCCGGAGGCGACACUAUCAUGUCCGAUUCGGUGCAAGCGUUUGCCAGGCUCUCGCCAGUCAUGCAGAACGUCCUCAUCGGGCUUGAAGGAGUUCACUCUAGCAACGCGCUUACUAAGAAGGCCAAGGAAGACGGCACCUCUCUCCGUCGAGAAGCUGUCAAUACUCUUCACCCUUUGAUCACAAAGCAUCCGGUCACUGGCGACAAGAUACUCUUCGUCAAUGAAGUCUUCACCACCUCCAUCAACGGCAUGAAGAAAGAAGAGUCUGAAAACCUUCUCAAGUUCUUGUUCAACUAUGUCGCUCGCGCGGCUGAUACCCAAGCACGUGUCAAGUGGGAAGAGGGGACUGUCGUAGUCUGGGACCAGAGGCGAGCACAGCAUACGGCAUUGCUGGACACGCCCCCAGGAAAGCGACGACAUAUGAUAAGGAUCACGCCGUUGGCCGGAAAGCCGAUACCGGCAACGAAAGAGGCGUAA